UUGCUCGGUCUUUCUUUCUCCCUUUAGCGGUGAAGGUGCAACAGUAAUCGGUCGUCCCGAGUCCGGGUUCAUCCGACACCCUCACCAACCAAGCUGAACUGAGCUCAACCACCACAGCGGCAACAUGCCUCCCAAAUUCGACCCCAACGAGGUUAAAGUUGUGUUCAUGAGGUGCACAGGAGGAGAAGUCGGCGCCACCUCAGCCCUGGCCCCCAAAAUCGGACCUCUGGGUCUGUCUCCCAAGAAAGUUGGUGACGACAUUGCCAAAGCCACCGGUGACUGGAAGGGCCUGAGGAUCACCGUGAAGCUCACCAUCCAGAACAGGCAGGCAGUGGUCGAGGUCGUUCCCUCUGCGUCCGCUCUCAUCAUCAAGGCUCUGAAGGAGCCUCCUCGUGACAGGAAGAAGGUCAAGAACAUCAAGCACAGCGGAAGCGUGACCUUCGACGAGAUCGUGAACGUCGCUCGCAUCAUGAGGCCUCGCUCCAUCGCCAGAGAGCUCUCUGGAACCAUCAAAGAGAUCCUGGGAACCGCUCAGUCUGUUGGAUGCACCAUCGAUGGUCGUCCUCCCCAUGAUGUCAUCGAUGACAUCAACAGCGGCAAAGUCGAGUGCCCCUCCGAGUAAAUGGACAACACGAAUAAAAUGUUCAAACAUGUGUUAAACCUA